AUGACGUCGGUCUCCUGGGCCGAGAUUCUCCCAACAUUACUAGAGUCAAAAUCUACGAUCAUUGAUGCCUCGGUGUUCGCUUUAACUCUCACACACGUCGCUAUGUCACAACAGGACAGCUAUCUCCUUGCCACUAGUAGACAAUACUAUACUACGGCUAUCCAAAAAGUGUGCGCUUAUGAUCGUGUCAUAAAUCCUCAUGAUUUUAUCCAUGUUGCUAUGAUCUUGGCUAUGUAUGAGCUUUACACUUGUGUACCUGGUGAUAUACAAUCGUGGAUUAUCCACGUUAGCGCGGCUUGUAAAUUUGCCAACCAGUGCCGCUCAUCAGAUCUAUCACUUACAGGCCAUGAUCUCUAUCGACUUCGUACCGUUGCUGUGAGUUUCUCAUCGUUAUCCAUUCCCUCUCUUCUUCUGUUGUAUGUCAAGCUCUGA